AUGUACACUUCACUCCGUGCCUUACAUAUACAAAUAUAUAACAGUCUGUAUAUAUGCAGUCUCCGACACUACACGAGUUUGAUACUGAAAGUGAAAAUGGCGUCUUUUAGCAGGCAUGGCAGAAGAGCAUUUAAUUUUUCCAGAAAUCUAUCUGCUCCUAUUAGGCAGACCAAGUGUUCAAUUAGCAGUGUUGCAAAUUUAAAUAAAACGUCAAAGUCAAGUAUGAAAAUUUUGUUAGGGAACGACUCACAGCUCUUAAAAGCUGCGAGAAAACACUUGAAUAAAACGGAGAUGCGACAGUUACAAAGAUCUGCAGCUGUAUUGAGUUUAACUUCCAAGGUGUCGACAUGCCUAGGUUUGGUCACUACGGGUGAGAGCGACGUAUUGGAAGCAUGCGAAGACUCGGAUGAUGUUUGUUCUCAACCAGGUCAUAAAUUGCGCAAAAGGAGAUGACAACAAAAAAUGAACAACGAAGAAGAUUUGACUUUCAAAAAUGGCUGCUGUAGCAAUAUAUCAGAACUUGCACGCACUCGCCAGUCAAUAGGACGUAUGUUGUCGGACUACGUGUUGAUAUAAAAAACUGACUGUAUUUUUAGUGCGAUUUGUAUGACAGAUAUUUUUAUAACCAUGGCAA